AUGUGCCUGGCCACCCCACAUAGCCACAGACGCUUUCGGACCUUUAUCUUAGCGCCGGGCUCUUGGCCAGACAUAUUAUUACUCACAAGCCAUCUGUCACGACUGGUGUUUGCUCGACUCGUACCACCACCUACACUCGACAUCUACCACAUCCUGUCGCCGUCGCCAUCUGCUAUCAAAGGCAUGGCCACGACUUGCACAUUAUCAUCGCCACAGAAACGGAAAGCCUCCAGCGACAGCUCUAUUGACAGACGCCCGACACCGGAGUCGACAUACUCGUCUUCACAUGCCGCCUCGUUGGCGUCGCAACAGCAACCAAAAUGGCACGACCUGAUGAUGCGCGACGCACCAGCUCCGUCAGAUUAUGAACGGAUGAAGCGCCACGAUUCUGCGCAACGUCGCAUCAAGAACUUCAUCUUCAGCGACAAUGAUAUCGACUGGCGAUCAAUUCCGGUGAUCGAGGACACACCUUACAAUCACUCCGUGCUGGAGCAUCGACAGGAUCUGCGCUGCAAGGCAUCACGUCAGUACCUGCAGGAGGUACUGCAUACAUUUCGGAAACCGAAACUGGAUGACAUUACAUCGUCAGAUGACGGCAUGGUCACUAUCGACGGCGAGGAGAUGGUCGAUAUGAUCGGCUGA